AUGGCGCCCAGCUCGAAAUCGGAGCGGAACAGCGGGGCCGGGAGCGGCGGCGGCGGCCCCGGGGGAGCCGGGGGAAAGCGGGCAUCGGGGCGGCGGCGGGAACACGUCCUCAAGCAGCUGGAGCGGGUCAAGAUCAGCGGACAGCUCUCUCCUCGCCUCUUCCGGAAGCUGCCGCCCAGGGUCUGUGUGUCCUUGAAGAACAUCGUGGAUGAGGACUUUCUCUAUGCGGGACAUAUAUUCCUGGGCUUUUCCAAGUGUGGCCGCUACGUCCUCUCCUACACCAGCAGCAGUGGUGAUGAUGACUUCUCCUUCUAUAUCUACCACCUCUACUGGUGGGAGUUCAACGUCCACAGCAAGCUCAAGCUGGUCCGGCAGGUGCGGCUCUUCCAAGAUGAGGAGAUCUACAGCGACCUGUACCUGACCGUGUGUGAGUGGCCCAGCGACGCCUCCAAGGUCAUCGUCUUCGGCUUCAACACGCGCUCGGCCAACGGGAUGCUCAUGAGUAUGCUGAUGAUGAGUGACGAGAACCACCGUGACAUCUACAUCAGCACUGUGGCCGUGCCACCACCGGGCCGCUGUGCCGCCUGCCGGGAUGCCAGCCGGGCCCACCCGGGCGACCCGGGCGCGCAGUUGCGCCACGGCUUCAUGCUGCACACCAAGUACCAGGUGGUCUACCCCUUCCCCACCUUCCAGCCUGCCUUCCAGCUCAAGAAGGACCAGGUGGUGCUCCUCAACACCAGCUACUCCUUGGUGGCCUGCGCCGUCUCCGUCCACUCAGCAGGUGACAGCAGCUUCUGCCAAAUCCUGUAUGACCACACAGCCUCGCCCUCAGCCCCACCCAGUCCCCCAGGGCCCCCCAGCCCAGAGGUGCCCUCCACCUUCCCCAGCCUCAGCCCUGAGGCGGCCCCAGCCCGGUGCUCCGGGACCCCCGAGCCUUCGCCCGCCAUCGCCAAAGCCAAGGAGUUUGUGGCCGACAUUUUCCGCAGGGCCAAGGAGGCCAAGGGGGGCACCUCAGAGGAGGCCCGGCUGCCCCCCGGCCCGGGGCCCUCAGGCAGCCGCUGCCGCCCACCCUCAGAGCCCCCAGCCCUGGGUGGGGAGGCGGUGCCCAGGGACAGUCCCCCUGCUGCUGAAGCACCUGCUCCUGAACCCGGCUAUGUUAACUACACCAAGCUGUACUAUGUGCUGGAGUCCGGCGAAGGGACGGAGCCCGAGGGUGAGUUCGAGGAUGACAAGAUCUCCCUGCCUUUCGUGGUCACCGAUCUCCGAGGGCGCAACCUGCGGCCCAUGCGCGAGCGGACAGCGGUCCAGGGCCAGUACCUGACGGUAGAGCAGCUCACACUGGACUUCGAGUAUGUCAUCAAUGAGGUCAUCCGCCAUGAUGCCACCUGGGGCCACCAGUUCUGCUCUUUCAGUGACUAUGAUAUCGUCAUUCUGGAGGUCUGCCCAGAAACCAACCAGGUCCUCAUCAACAUUGGCCUGCUGCUCCUGGCCUUCCCCGCCCCCACGGAGGAGGGCCAGCUCCGACCAAAGACCUAUCACACCAGCCUCAAGGUGGCCUGGGACCUCAGCACCGGCAUCUUCGAGACAGUCAGUGUGGGCGACCUCACCGAGGUCAAAGGGCAGACCAGCGGCAGUGUGUGGAGCUCCUAUCGCAAGAGCUGCGUGGACAUGGUCAUGAAGUGGCUGGUGCCUGAGAGCAGUGGCCGCUAUGUCAACAGGAUGACCAACGAGGCGCUACACAAAGGGUGCUCGCUGAAGGUCCUGGCCGACAGUGAGCGGUACACGUGGAUUGUGCUGUGAGGGCCCGGCCGCCCUGGACCCUGACUCCAACUACCUCCACGGCCGGGAGCUGGCCGCCUUCCCGGCCGACCGGCACUAGUGUUAAGAUGCGGGCAGGGGCUGGGCGGGCAGCCCCUGGUGGCCUCAGAGUCUGGACGCAGUUUUAUUUAUGCCUAUUUAAGUUGGGGCGGGGUAGAGGGAGGAGCCCCCCCCAGCCUUGAGCGCCCACCUUCACCCCGUGCUGGGCACGCAGCUCUGUGCUUCUGCCCUCGGCGGCUGGCGGCUGGCGGCUGCAGGCUGCGGGUUAGACGUCACCCUCCGCCCAGCUCCUCCCGCCCCAGCCUCCCUCCCCGGGACGGGAAACGUGCGGCCACCCCCACUCGGUUCCUCUUCGUGUAAUAAAUGCUUAUUUCUGAACCUGACCGAGGUCGUCCCCUUACUGCACUCGGGCCCAAGCAGCAGGCCCUGCAAGUCAGCCAUAGACAAAGGUCACAGCGGAAUUUAUUGUGUUUUAAGAAAGACUACAAAAGGUAGAAAACAGCUCGGCACAACUAACCUACCACACGCGUGGACACUUCACCGCGGGCGGGGAGGCCCGUGGGCCCGGGGAGCGGGCAGGGCCACC